AUGGCCGCAAGCGAUUCGAAAGCACCACUCGUAACUGUCAAAAGGGUGCAAUUCGGUAUUUUGUCUCCGGAUGAAUGUAGACGUAUGUCAGUCACAGAUGGCGGUAUACAUUUUGCAGAAACAAUGGACGGUAAGCGCCCAAAACUCGGAGGUCUUAUGGACCCUCGACAAGGAGUUAUCGAUCGGUUUACGAGAUGUCAGACUUGCACGGGUAACAUGACUGAAUGUGCUGGUCAUUUUGGUCACAUUGAACUUGCCAAGCCCGUGUUUCACAUAGGAUUUCUUCCUAAAAUCAUAAAGAUACUACGAUGUGUUUGUUACUACUGCUCAAAACUUUUGGUUACUCCUACUAGUAGUAAAGUAAAAGACAUUUUAAUGAAUUCCAAACGGCAACCGAGAAAACGUUUGGUGUUUAUAUACGAUUUGUGUAAAGCCAAAACGGUUUGUGAAGGAGGCGAUCAAUUGGAUAUAACCAACGAUCCAAAUCCCCCAGACACAAAGCCCGGACACGGUGGUUGCGGUCGAUUUCAACCAAAAAUUCGACGCACUGGUUUGGACCUGACGGCCGAAUGGAAACACGUCAAUGAUGAAAGUCAAGAUAAAAAAAUAACUCUAACGGCCGAACGAGCACUUGAAAUUCUCAAACACAUCACGGACGAAGAGAUAAUUAUUUUGGGAAUGGAUCCGAAAUUUUCGCGACCCGAAUGGAUGGUGCUGACCGUUUUGCCGGUGCCCCCUUUGGCUGUCCGGCCGGCGGUUGUUAUGCAUGGGUCGGCUAGAAAUCAAGACGAUUUAACACACAAGCUGGCCGACAUAGUAAAGUGCAACAACGAAUUAAAACACAACGAACAGGCCGGUGCUGCCACACAUAUUUUAUCUCAGAGUCUAAAAAUGCUACAAUUUCACGUCGCCACAUUUGUUGAUAACGACAUGCCAGGACUUCCAAGAGCUAUGCAAAAAUCUGGCAAACCUCUGAAAUCGUUAAAAGCUCGGCUGAAGGGAAAAGAAGGUAGAAUUCGAGGAAAUUUAAUGGGCAAACGUGUAGAUUUCUCAGCCCGCACUGUCAUCACGCCGGAUCCGAACUUGCGCAUCGAUGAAGUCGGCGUCCCACGUUCAAUUGCCCAAAACAUGACUUUCCCGGAAAUUGUUACUCCAUUCAACAUUGACGAAAUGAUUAAACUGGUGCACCGCGGCCAUUCUCAGUAUCCAGGUGCCAAGUACAUCAUACGAGACAACGGAGAAAGAGUGGAUUUACGUUUUCAUCCCAGACCGUCGGAUUUGCAUUUACAAUGUGGUUAUAAAGUCGAAAGACACAUCAAGAACGGUGACCUGGUAGUAUUCAACAGACAGCCCACACUGCACAAAAUGAGUAUGAUGGGUCACCGCGUAAGAGUUCUACCGUGGUCUACAUUCCGUAUGAACUUAAGCUGCACGUCACCUUACAACGCUGAUUUCGACGGCGACGAGAUGAAUCUUCACGUUCCACAGUCUAUGGAAACGAGGGCCGAAGUGGAAAACAUCCAUAUCACUUCCAGGCAAAUCAUUACGCCCCAGAAUAACAAACCAGUCAUGGGAAUCGUUCAAGAUACAUUGACUGCAGUCAGAAAAAUGACAAAGAGAGAUGUUUUUAUCGAGAAGGAACAAUUGAUGAACUUACUAAUGCAUUUGCCCAACUGGAACGGAAGAAUGCCCGUUCCGUGUAUAUUAAAACCUAAAGCCUUGUACACGGGCAAACAGUUGUUUUCCUUGAUAAUUCCCGGCAAUGUCAACAUGAUACGCACGCAUUCUACUCAUCCGGACGACGAAGAUAACGGUCCCUAUAGAUGGAUAUCUCCCGGAGAUACUAAGGUAAUUGUGGAACACGGUGAAUUAAUUAUGGGUAUACUAUGCAAAAAGACAUUGGGCACAUCUGCCGGCUCUCUGCUUCAUAUAUGCAUGCUGGAACUAGGCCAUGAAAUUUGCGGUCAGUUCUACGGUAAUAUUCAAAGCGUGGUCAAUAAUUGGCUUCUCUACGAAGGGCACUCCAUUGGUAUUGGCGAUACGAUCGCCGAUCCUCAGACUUAUCUGGAAAUUCAAAAAGCCAUCAAGAAAGCCAAACAAGACGUGAUCGAAGUAAUACAGAAAGCGCACAGCAUGGACCUGGAGCCGACGCCCGGAAACACUUUGCGGCAGACCUUCGAAAAUCAAGUGAACAGAAUUUUGAACGAUGCUCGCGACAAAACCGGAGGUUCUGCCAAAAAAUCUCUAACGGAAUACAACAAUCUCAAGGCUAUGGUCGUGUCGGGAUCCAAAGGAUCGAACAUUAAUAUUUCUCAGGUCAUUGCGUGUGUUGGCCAGCAAAACGUAGAAGGUAAACGUAUACCGUUUGGGUUUCGGAAGCGUACGUUGCCACAUUUUAUCAAAGACGACUACGGUCCUGAAUCGCGAGGCUUUGUGGAAAAUUCCUAUCUCGCCGGAUUGACGCCAUCCGAGUUUUUUUUCCACGCGAUGGGAGGCCGCGAAGGGCUCAUCGAUACAGCCGUUAAAACUGCUGAAACCGGAUACAUUCAGAGACGAUUAAUCAAAGCCAUGGAGUCGGUGAUGGUCCAUUACGACGGGACCGUUCGCAACUCUACCGGUCAACUGAUUCAAUUCCGGUACGGAGAAGACGGUUUGCGCGGCGAAGCUGUGGAAUUUCAGAAUUUAGACACCAUCGAACCGUCGCACGAGAGAUUCGAAGAACAAUUUAAAUUUGACGUUUCCAACGAAAAGCUCAUGAGGAAACUGUUUACGGAAGACGUGGUGAAGGAAUUGUCCGACAGCAACAAUACGGUAACCGAGUUGGAAUACGAAUGGGAACAGUUAAACGCUGACCGAGACACGCUCAGGCAGAUUUUUCGAACUGGCGACAGCAAAGUGGUGUUGCCGUGUAAUCUCAAACGAAUGAUAUGGAACGUACAAAAAAUUUUCGGUAUCAAUAAACGACUGCCGACGGAUUUGAGCCCUAUCAAAGUGCUGCGCGGAGUUAGAGAUUUAUUGGACAAAUGCGUUAUUGUAGCCGGCAAAGACCAGUUGAGUAAACAGGCCAACGAAAAUGCUACAUUACUGUUCCAAUGUUUAGUGCGUUCAACGCUAUGCACCAAACUGGUAUCCGAGAAAUUUCGUUUGUCUUCGGAAGCGUUUGAAUGGUUAAUGGGUGAAAUCGAAAACCGGUUUAACCAAGCUCAGGCCGUUCCCGGAGAAAUGGUAGGAGCGUUGGCUGCUCAGAGUUUAGGAGAACCGGCUACUCAAAUGACGUUAAAUACAUUCCACUUUGCUGGUGUUUCAUCGAAAAAUGUAACUCUGGGAGUGCCCAGAUUGAAGGAAAUCAUAAACAUAAGUAAGAGGCCGAAAGCUCCUUCGCUGACUGUUUUUUUGACGGGAACGGCAGCUAGAGACGCGGAGAAAGCCAAAAACGUAUUGUGCCGUCUCGAGCACACAACCUUGAGAAAAGUAACGGCCAAUACGGCCAUUUAUUAUGAUCCAGAUCCGCACAAUACAGUAAUAAGCGAAGAUCAGGAAUUUGUAGAUAUCUACUACGAGAUGCCCGAUUUUGAUCCAACGAAAAUCUCUCCGUGGUUGUUGCGUAUCGAAUUAGAUCGAAAAAAGAUGACCGAUAAAAAAUUAACCAUGGAAGCGAUAUCGGAAAAGAUCAAUGCCGGUUUUGGCGAUGACCUCAAUUGUAUUUUCAAUGACGAUAACUCAGACAAAUUAAUCCUACGCAUACGCAUAAUGAAUCUCGAUGAUGGCAAAAUGAAUGGGCGCGCCGAAGACGAAGACGACGGUGUUGAAAAAAUGGAAGACGACAUGUUCCUUAGAUGUAUCGAAGCAAAUAUGUUAUCCGAUAUGACUUUGCAAGGAAUAGAGUCAAUAACAAAAGUCUACAUGCACUUGCCUUUGGCUGAUUCUAAAAAAAGAACAGUGAUCACUGAAAAUGGCGAAUUCAGAGCAAUUGCCGACUGGUUGCUGGAAACUGACGGCACGAGCCUGAUGAGAGUGUUAAGCGAGAAGGAUGUCGACCCCUCGAGAACGUUUUCCAACGAUAUUUGUGAAAUAUUUUCUGUGUUGGGCAUAGAAGCCGUGCGCAAGUCUGUGGAAAAAGAAAUGAAUACCGUAUUGCAGUUUUACGGUUUGUAUGUAAACUAUCGUCAUUUGGCAUUGCUAUGCGAUGUAAUGACAGCCAAAGGUCAUCUGAUGGCCAUUACUCGACACGGUAUCAACAGGCAAGACACUGGAGUUUUGAUGAAAUGUUCAUUCGAAGAGACCGUUGAAGUUUUAUUAGAUGCGGCGUUGCACGGCGAAGUGGAUCCCAUGAAGGGAGUAUCGGAAAACAUUAUAAUGGGACAACUUCCCAAAAUGGGAACGGGUUGUUUCGAUUUGCUACUGGACGCUGUAAGAGCUCAAGAGGGCAUAGAAAUACCUAUAGACCCUGAAUUUAUGGGGCGCCCGAACAACGAUGGCAUGCUCUUGAAUGCAAGUUCGCCGUCCAUUAUUUCCGCAAUGACUCCAUGGAAUCAACCGUCCACGCCGGUUUAUCAAAAUUUAUGGUCGUCAACCAUGACCCCUGGAGGCCCCGCUUUCUCGCCGGCAGGGUCCAGCGACUCCGGCGGUAGUACGCCCCCAUACUGGAUGACGAGUGACGGGACACCGGGUAGUCCUGGACUGCCAUUGAGCACGUUGAGUCCUUUUUUGCGUAGUCCUAGCUCGGUGUCGCCCAGUUAUACGUGCUCGUUAAGUCCACAGUAUGGUGUUGUGUCGCCGACAAAUUAUUCUCCGAUAAGUCCGCAGUACACAGCUUGCCUUCAAAAUUUGCCUCAGUACUCGCCCAUAUCUUCUAACUAUAGUUAUUCCCCGACGAGUCCUUCGUACUCACCGACAAGUCCAUCGUACUCCGCCAACUCGUCUUAUUCUCCGACCAGUCCUUCGUACAGUCCAACGUCGCCAGCAUACAGCCCUACGUCGCCUUCUUAUAGUCCAGCGACGCCCGCAUACAGUCCAACGUCUCCGACGUACAGUCCGACCUCUCCGACGUACAGUCCAACGUCACCGACGUAUAGUCCAACGUCUCCGACGUACAGCCCAACGUCUCCGACGUACAGCCCAACGUCUCCGACGUACAGCCCAACGUCUCCGUCGUAUCGUUCAACAUCUCCGUCGUAUAGUCCAACGUCUCCGUCUUACAAUCCAACGUCUCCGUCUUAUAGUCCAACAACGCCGUCGUACAGUCCAUCGAGCCCAGCGUUCCGAUCCGGAGCAAUUAGCUAUAGCCCAACAUUGCCGUCUUACAGUCCACCGUCACAAUAUUCGACUUCGCCCAACUAUAGUCCUAAGUCGCCCACCUAUAGUCCAAAGUCUCCACAAUACGUACCGUCGACAUCAUACACUUCUAAAGAAUCGGAAAGUCCUCAAUAUUCGCCAAUGGCCGCCAGCCCGAUUUACUCGCCAAGCAGCCCAAUAUACAUACCGUCCAAUAAUGUUUCGUAUUCGCCGCCUUCUGCACAGCAGCAUGCAAACACUGCGGCCAACACACAAUACAGUCCGUUUUACAGCCCAAGUUCUCCGGCUUACUCGCCGAUUAACUACUCCAGGACAAGUCCGAGGUACUCGCCAAGCUCGCCAAACUACUCGCCGAGUUCACCAAACCGCACGCCUAUCGCACAGAGUCCUCCGUCGCCGGUAUACUCAGCUUCAUCUCCUGACUACAGCGGUACAGACGACCAAUGAUGAUUUUAUAUAUUAUGUUUAUUGACAUUUAUUUGUAAAAACCGUAUCAUCGUUUUGGUCGAGUUGCUCGCCUCGGUUCGCUCAAAAGGCUCGUCAACCCAGCCUACCUAUCUGACACUUACAUGCCAUUCCUUAAAACAUUGGCCUUCAUUCCCCUAUUUGACUGCGUCUGUGUCUUUAAACUUUUUUAAAUAUCUAAUACAAUCUUCUUAUCUAUUAAAUUUCUCUCGUGUGUUUUUCAUCCAUUUCACUAUUGCUUCUUCUUCCCCGCUUUCAACGUGCCUGAUCCAUAUCGUAUAUAUAUCGAGUAUCCGUGUUUGACUCCAUUCUCUCUCGUUUUUUACCAAAAGUCAAGCAACUAGCAAAUUUUAAUUUCUUAAAACACUGUUUUUUUACUACAUGUAGUAUUCCGUCUAUCUCAGUCGCAUAUACAUUUGAGUAUUUUCGUUUUAGCUAUAUUUCCAUUAUUUCUUCUGUCUUUUUAUACUUCUGGAUAAGAUGCCCCGCAAAAAAAUGUUGGCUCCAUUGUUGACCUGCUUAGCAAAAAGAUAAUUGACUGAUGAGUGAGGUAGGAAAAUGAAACACAUAUUCAUGAUCCAAUGUACUUCCUUUAAGAAAAAAACUAACGAUUUUUAUCUAUUUUUUCUACUACUUUCCCCCUAAAUUUCUUUGUAUCACUCAUUAUUUUAACAUUUUCAAUUUAUACUGUCUUGUAGUAAAUCUUCUAUUCACUCUUGGACCGAAAUUCCUCAACGACAAACGUCUGACAUAUACCCUCACGCCUAUUGCUAUUGCUUUGGUUAUUAUAUAGGUAUGAUAUUCUGCCUAACGAGUAUACUGCAUUGUAUCUAUUAGCUGUUUGCAUUCUACAUUGUAGUUGAAUUUGCACAUAACAUUAAGUAAAAAAAAAUAUUGUAAAACUUAAAAUAUUAUUAUAAGUGGUUGAAAAGGUCACAAAAAUUGUUUUAAAAAAUUACUUAGUACCUAAUAAAAUAUGUUAUACAAUGUACAUUUGCAAACAAUGCGAUUCCAGUAAAUAAUGUAGUCCGAUAUGAUUUACGCUUAUCAUUAUUUGAUAGACCUACUUAACUAUACUUACUUUAUAUAGGUUACUUAACAAUUAUAUUCGGUUUGAAAACGUUUUUCAAAUUUUAUUAAUGGACAUUAUUGUAUUGUACCGA